GGACCUAUUUCCUGUAGAAGUAGAAAAAAUAUGGUUGCAACAGAUCAGAAAGCAAGUCCAGCCGAUGUUGUUCUAGUGGUGGAAGCCACAGCGAACCUCAGUGCAUACAUUGAUGUACUGAAGAAGCAAUAUAUUGUUCCAGCUCUUGAAGUGUUUAAUGGUGGACCUCCUGAUCCAACAGACAUUGGACAUGAUUAUAGCUGUUCCUUGUACAACCUAGUGACCUUCUACUCGGCCGAUGUCAUCCCAGACACAACAUCGAGAUGUUCCAGUGUCACUACAAAUAUCCAUGAGUUCAUUACCUGGCUGGAUGAUCUACCGUUUAUUGGUGGUGGAGGGGAGUCAUGUAGCCACAUCACUGAAGGUUUGAGUACAGCUCUCCAUGUCUUCGAUGAUCUCCAGAAAGUUCGCAUUGAUAUUGGGUUACCUGUGCAGCGACACUGUAUCCUUGUCUGUAAUUCCCCACCCUAUAAUCUACCCAGUCAAGAAGGGGUCCGUUAUGUAGGUUAUAUGGCAGAUCAGUUAGCCAGCAUGAUGGCCAAGAGAGGCAUUCAUCUGUCCAUUAUAUCCCCAAGAAAGAUCCCUGCUCUUCAGAAACUGUAUGAGGAGUCUAGUUCCCCUGCUGAUAUGUCAGCUCCAGUGAAAGACUUUACCACAGAUCCACGGCAUCAUGUUUUACUCCACGGAUUCCAGCUAGAAGAACGAGCACACAGUCCAGCAGGAGACCAUGCAGCGGUCGUAGACAAACCUGUAGACAAGAACCCCACCAGCCCCGCCCCUCCCAGUAUUUCUGCCAGCACAGGAUUUUCCCCGGCGCCAUCCCUCACGGAUCAGAUGUCCGUGGACUCUUCAUUCAGGAAACCGAACACAACAUCUACAGGAACUGCACUGAGUACCCAGGACCACUCUAUACAGUCCAUGCCUUCCCCCCAGCAGCCCCUCAACCAGCCGUCCCCCUCCCCCCAAGUCCCCCUCCAACACAGCCCAAUGCCACAGCCACCCCAGCAACAGCAACCCCAGCAGCAACAAAUUGUACAGCAACAAAUGUCCAAUCCCAUGCCACCACAGUCACAGUACGACCCACUUAAAAUGAAUCCCAUGCAAGGCAUGGAUACCAGCAUGCAGAAUAGGAGCACGGUCAUGGUUACCAAUCCCAUAAGUCAGCCAAUGUUCUCCCAGCCCACCCCAGACCAGCAACAGAAUGCGGGAAUGCCGGCCCAGCCAGGACAACCCAAUCCUAUGAAGGACAGGAAAAUCAUCUGGCAGGGGAUGUUAGAAUGGCAGGAGAAGAUGAAGGCGGGAGGACCCCAGACCCCCAAAGUCAACCGGCAGCUACAGUGUCACCUGUCCAUAGGGCUGGCUGAUCCAGAUAUUAACGCCAUGAAUUGGCCCAAAGUUCUGAUCAUGCAGUUGAUCCCUCAGUCACUCCUGAACUCAACCCAACUUCAGCCUCUCUUUAAAAACUCCCGCCAGGUGGCAUUUCACUUUGGCAAUCAGAAUCUGGACGAUCUUAGAAAUCUCUACAAAGUCAUGGGCACUGGUUUUGCUGGUUGUGUACAUUUUCCAGCAGGAAGUCAGUGUGAAGUUCGAGUGCUUCUCUUAUUAUUUAGCAACAAAAGGAAAGCCUUUAUAGGACUCAUUCCAAAUGAUCAAACAGCCUUUGUUAAUGGGAUAAGGAAUGUCAUCUUCACACACAAAAUGAGGCAACAACAACAACAGAGACAAGACCAGCCACAGCAGAUGCCACAACAACAACCAUUUCCCGGUCAGCAGCAGCCAGGCAUGGCCGCCCAGCCCAUGCAGAAUCCCCAGGGGGCCCAGUUUGGGGUACAGCAGAUGCCUCAGGUUAGCAUGCAGAACCCCAUGAUGACCCAGCAGCAGGCCAAUAUUCAGAAGCAAAUGCAGGCAACACAGUUAGCAAAGCAACAAGAACAACAAAAGUUACUAGCACAACAAAGACAGUUGCAGAUGCAACAACAACAGAGGCAACUGCAAAUGCAGCAACAAAUGCAACAGCAGCAACAACAGCAACCUGGUCUCAAUCAACAGCAACAACAGUUAACACAGCUCCUGAUGCAGCAGCAGCAACAGGGCCAGAGACAACCCCAGAUGAUUAUUCCUCAUGGGGGGAGGGGACCAGUCCUACACCAAGGCCAGCAGCAGGUGAUGGGAGGGGGGCAGGUGCUCCAGGGAAACAUGCCCCAGAUGGCUCAGCAGGGCCCUGCCACAGGACCCCAGGGCGCUAACAUGUUUGACGACCUGGAUAUGAACUUCUUGAGCUAACACCUCAAAAGACUUCAUGAAAUCUUUGGUAUUGAUCUGAUCAUUGUGUUAGCUUUAGGGGAGUUAUUACCCCUGGAAUCAGGAAUCUGGUUCUUAAAGCUUUUGUGCUUAUAACUAAUGUGAUGUAGGUACACAGGCAUACCUAUACAAAUGGAUAGCUCAGCGAAGUUGGCAUCUUUUUAUUCUGUAAUGGAAAUUGUUGUAAAUAAUUGUUAUGCAAAAUAAAGUGCAAUACGUCUUUCAAA